ACAACACACUCACGCCGCCUCCCUCGCAACCUGCACUCAACACCUGACCUCCAGCCAACACCUGACCUCCAGCCUCCCACGCUGGGAGAACACGUUCAGUGUCCCCUCAAGUGCUGACCGAGCUGGGAGAACACGUUCAGUGUCCCCUCAAGUGCUGACCGAGCUGGGAGAACACGUUCAGUGUCCCCUCAAGUGCUGACCGAGCUGGGAGAACACGUUCAGUGUCCCCUCAAGUGCUGACCCAGCUGGGAGAACACGUUCAGUGUCCCCUCAAGUGCUGACCGAGCUGGGAGAACACGUUCAGUGUCCCCUCAAGUGCUGACCGAGCUGGGAGAACACGUUCAGUGUCCCCUCAAGUGCUGGCAGAACACAUUCAGUGUCCCCUCAAGUGCUGACCGAGCUGGAAGAACACGUUCAGUGUCCCCUCAAGUGCUGACCGAGCUGGGAGAACACAUUCAGUGUCCCCUCAAGUGCUGACCAAGCUGAGAGAACACGUUCAGUGUCCCCUCAAGUGCUGACCGAGCUGGGAGAACACAUUCAGUGUCCCCUCAAGUGCUGACCAAGCUGAGAGAACACGUUCAGUGUCCCCUCAAGUGCUGACCGAGCUGGGAGAACACAUUCAGUGUCCCCUCAAAUACUGACCAAGCUCAUAAAAACACAUUCAGAGUCCCCUCAAGUGCUGACCCACCUUACCUGAGAGCUGGGUGGCCUAAGCCCUACCAGCAUCACUGAAGCUACCCCAGACAGGUAUCAGAAACCUUCAAGCAGACUGAAUAUAAAAUAGGGAGAGCAAUACUCGCUGGUGCUUCACCCCCCACGCUCCUAUCCCUGGAAUGAACCUAUGGCUCCUACUGCCAAAGCUGAUAUAGAAAUAAAGGAGAAAAGCAAUACUAUCCUUUUUAAUGAAUCAAAAGCAGAACUCUUCAAACUCAGUGAUGGAUACAAGACUCUUCAUCGGAAACUUAAGACCCAAUGGAAAGUUCUCAGUAAUCGAGAUGACCUGACUAAGGAAAAUUUGGGCCAGGCAGGAGUGAUUGUUUUUGCCUGUCCUCGUCAGAGACUAACAGAGGUCCAGUUUUCUAUAUUAAGGCGCCAUGUGGAGGAAGGUGGAAGCCUUUUGGUUAUGGCUGAGGAAGGAGGAGAAAAGAAAGCCAACACAAAUAUAAAUUUUCUUUUAGAAGAAUAUAGUAUAUCUGUGAAUAAUGAUUCAGUGGUGCGGACUUGCUACUACAAAUACUUUCAUCCUAAAGAAUGCCUUAUUACUAAUGGAAUCCUUAACAGAGCCAUUCUGGAAGCCUCGGGAAAGAAUAUUCCUGGGUUGCUCCUUGAUGACACACUAUCCGGCAGGUCGAUGUCCUUCAUAUAUCCAUUUGGGGCUACCCUCAAUGUUGCUCGUCCUGCUGUUGCUGUGCUGUCCACAGGCAGUAUUUCUUUUCCUCUUAACAGACCAGUGUGUGCGUUUUAUGAACACCCUACGAGUAACGGUCGCGUGGCAGUCUUGGGAUCGGCUCACAUGUUUACGGACUAUUACAUUGACCGUGAAGAAAACAGCAAAAUCAAAGAUGUGAUAUUCCAGUUCCUUACAGCUAAGGAUUUCAAGCUAAAUCAGAUUGAUGCUGAUGAUCCAGAGAUUUCUGAUUACAACAUGACACCAGAUACUGCAUCACUUGCAGAGAGUCUUCGUACUUGCCUUCAGGAAUCAGAAGAGGUGCCAACAGAUUAUACACAGCUGUUUCAUACUCAGCUGACAUCAAUAGACAUGCUGCUAGUUCCAGCAUCAAUAGAGUCUUAUAAUAAACUCAAUGUGAAACAUGAACCUCUACGUCUCAUUACUCCACAAUUUGAAACGCCAUUGCCACCCCUACAACCUGCAGUAUUUCCUCCCUCAUUCCGUGAACUGCCACAUCCUUCAUUAGAGCUGUUCGACCUAGAUGAAGCAUUUAGCUCCGAGAAGUCUAGGCUAGCACAGGUAACCAAUAAAUGUAAAGAUGAGGAUCUGGAGUAUUAUAUACGCGAAUGUGGAGAUAUUCUUGGUGUGACUUCAACUCUGCCACCAACGUCAAGGGAUGCCAAACACAUACUUGAGUAUGUCUACACUCAACUUGUUGAAUUCAAGAAAUUAAAUCAGGAUCCCGAUACAUUCAGCAGACCAAGAUCUGAGAUGGAUGAUGAUCCAUGAAAAUGAAGAUGUUCACAGUGAAAAUUACUAUCAAAUGAUGAAUCUAUGAAUAAAGACUAAGGCUGUAUGACUGCAUCGAACCAGUGUCCCUGAUAUCAUAAAACUUGGAUUAUGGUACAGGAUAGUGCCUUCUAUGUAAGUCAAGUACAAUACUGUAGUACCUCUGAUUGAGAUACAGUACUUUUAAGCCCAUCAUCAUCUAGUCAAUACUAAACGUGCCCGAGGUGAUCAGGGACAUGUAGUUCAAUUUUGUUGUACAGCCUUAAUAUUUAUUCAGUGUUUCUCUAGCUGUCAGGUUAUUGACAUGAGUGCUGUACUAAGAACUUGUCUUCAUUACUGUAAUUUGUGCUCGAGGUGAAGCUUAGUACAACUCUAGCAAUACUGAUGUUAGCAAUAAGGAAAGCAGGAUAUAGAAUGUUUUUACUUGUUUUAUCUCAUAAAUAAUAUAAAGAGGGGUAUAGGAAAUAAGCACAUCUAUAUACAGAUUGUAAAAGUGUCAAUAUAAACAUCACAUUGUACCAAUAUUAAAAUAACCUUCAACAAUUUUUUUUUUUACUUGGAAGCCAAACUUAACUGGACCAUGUGGGUUAUGAUCGUUGAAGUUAUCUAGGGGGGGUCAGUUGACUAGGAAGUCAAACUUGAUUUAGAUGCCAUAGUAUGGGUCAUAAUUUUUGCAUUGAUCCAGGGAGAUGGCUGAAGAGAUCACAAAGUGCUGACAAUGAUGGAGCAAAACACCAAGAUGAGUGUGGACUUUAUUUGUAGACAACGUCUUUGGCUUGCAAGAGCUUCAUCAAAUCUAAUGAGAGAUUCACAGGACUAGUCUUAUAAGGGUAAAGAGAGGGAAGGGGUGAGGUCAAAGAGCUGAAGGUUUGGCGAGGUCAGUAAGACAUGAGGGAGUGGGUGCUAAAUUAAUAUUGAAGCAAUGUAAAUUGACACACACACUCUCUCACAUGUCUCUCACCUUAUUGCACCUUUGCAUCACUGACGUCACCCAUUCCCCCCCUUCACCUUUGCAUCACUGACCUCACUCAUUUCCCCCCUUCGCCUUUGCAGCGCUGAUCUUACCUCCAUAUCACUGACCCCACCCCACCCCCUCUUUCCUUUAUAAGUAGUAGCCCUGUGUAUUUACAAUUUGAUAACUCCUUCAAUGGCAAACCAUUAAAAUAGUAAUAGUUUAAAUUAAAAAAAUAUACAGAAGAACACAAUAUGGUAGUUGAUUAUUUGUUGCAGAUUAUGUACACUUAAUAAGACCCUUAAUACUCUCAUCUUGGUGUUGCUUUGAAAUCAAGGAGAUACACCUCAUUAUGUAUGAUAUGAAUAUUAAACCAAUUUUAUUCUUGUGUGCAUUCUAUCCCUAAUGAUCCAAGGCAUUGGGCACUUUCUCCCCUCCGUCCACAUAUCCUAGCUCCUAUCCUGUCUUCGAAUCCCUUCUGUGGGUAAAUUUCUCUUGGUAAUUCUUUUUAUGUGUAAAAUGAAUGUUAAAACAGUCUUAUUUUACAUGUUAACAUUCAUGAGGAAAUUGGAUACCAGUUAAGAAUGUUGCCUGUGUACUGUAAUAAAUUACGGUAUUAUGUCCAUACAUUACAUCGAUAUUGUAAUGCUGCUACAACUAAUGGAUAUUAUACUCUAGUAGUCUACUACAUUUUUAACACUGAAAUUCAGUCUGUAUAAUAUCAUGCUGCCAAGGUGCCUGUGGAUUAUUAAAAAUAAAAAGAGUUACAUUUUCUAUCUAUUUAUACAUUGUUAUUUGUGCCGAUGAAAAAAGUGUGCAAAGAGGCAUCAAUUUACUCAAUGUUUUGUUGAUGUGCCUUCCAGAAUAAGAGAGAAUGUAUAUGCACUGUUGCUGUAGAGUGCCAGCCAGCUGCUGGAUAAAACAACAUGUCAGACGAGCAACAAUUGCUCUAAAACAGACUUAUCUCUAACCAACAGUUACUGUAGUUAAUUAAGUAAGUGGUUUGACUACUAUAAAGAAACUUUAUUUGUAUUAAUAUUUUUGGAAAGCAAGCAUAUUCUCUAUAUCUGUAUUUCAUAGCAUUAUAUUCAGACUUCACUAAGUUAGCUGUAUUGAAGCUAAUGUGAUGAACAUUAUGCCUGAAUUACAUUGGUCAUAUUAAAGGUUCUGUGGCCAUACUUAUGCUAAGAUGGUGCUUUAACACCCUUAAAACACACCUAAGUAUGUCUUAUUAGUACAGUAUUUACAAGUGGUGAAAUGCAUGGCUUCCUGUCCUUCAGUUUUUUCUUCUUGUCUUGGUUUUUUACAAAGUUACAGACUAAAGGAACCAGUUCAAAUGAUCCUCAUACUAGAUACUCUUAACAUUAGUGAGAUACUGUCCGGUACUGAAUCAUUCAGAAUCACAAUAUUGUUAACUUUCAGAAUACUUAAGUCAAACUUCUGGGGAGCUAUUACAAAUAUUGUAUGUUGUCAGCAUGACAAAAUCAUUUCACACAACAAAAGUGGAAAAGUAUUAAAAACCUACUACAAGGUGUUCCAAGAACAGAUUAGCCAAAAUAGCACUUAAGAAGAUACCCCAUUUUCAUAUCAGCUUUUUAUUUAGGCUAUAGAAACAAUUGUCAAAGUUAAAAUGAUAUGAAAAACACGGUUCUACAAGAUUGAUAAAAUUAGUGACAAGUUUCAUGUGGAAAGCACACUGCAUUAUUGUUCAAAACACUAAUACACUGUACUUUGCCUUCUAGCAAAAUUGUGUUAUUAUUAUUACCUGUACGUAUUUACUUGAAUUUACCUGAGGGCCACUAUGUCUUGUGGUCUCGAAAGUAAUAUAAUGCCAUGUGUAACAAAUUUAUUCAGGACAAAAAGGUUUCUUCAUACUGCGUAUGCUAAGCCACUUGCUUAACUGUAUUCCUGACAAUAAGUACUGUUCAUCUGACAUUUUUGUCUCCUGCACUUUGCCAGCAAAGGCUACGCAAGAUCCACUAUGAAUCCGUUCCCUGUUAUUCCUAAGGAAGUUAUACCAGUGAAACUGAAUAAACUGAUAUCCCUGUAUUUAUCCAUUAGUUAAACAAUCAGUGCAAUUUUCUGUGUGUUAUAGUGUUUGUAUAGUAUUUACACUAAAUUUUAUUUUAAUAUUUAUGUAUGAUUAUAAUAAUAUAUAACUCCACAAAAAAAUAUAUUUUUAAUGCAAAUUGUCUUCAGGUACACUGUCUCCUAGAAAUAAAAGCCAGUAACCAUACAGCUAAAUAUCAUUGACUCUCAACUAGUUUCACAAGCUAUAUAGCACUCUACUUCUACCCUUAUCUACUAACUGAAGAGUAGAUACAGAUUCAUCCAUUUGUCAGGAACUUCUACCUAAUGCUUUUAAUCCUUAUUUCAUACAAAACAUGAUAACAUAUGAUGAAGCAUGGAUUGAUGGCUAUUCGUUAUCACAGACAAUAAAGCAUGGGUUUAUUGCUAUUCAUCAAUCAACACUUUCAUAGGGUAGGGCAGCAUCAGCUGGAUGCAGGUACUACUACUUUCCCAGUCUGUUGUAAGGUGAUGAUAACCCAGCUGUCCAGUUCAGUAUUCAAUCCCACAGGACCAGUCCAGUGUUCAUUGUCUGAUAAUCAAUAGGUUUAUCUCAUAUAUUUGGAUAAAUCUGAAUCCGAGUGAUGCUUAUAUUAUACGGUAGGAUUGUUUGGUAUAUUCUGUGAUGUUAUGACUCCAGGGUUUAUAAAUAUUAGAUAUCUCAUUCACUUGUAUAUUCAUGGUCCCAACCUGUAUCCUCAUCUGUGUGAAGUUUCAUUGCCGUGAUUGCCAUGGCAAUCAGGGAUAUCCAAACUGGAAUGACCUCGAGAAUAGCUUUCACCCGCUAGUCAUAUAUAUUACUGAAUGCGUACUGAACAAUGGUCCCAACCUGUAUCCUCACCUGUGUGAAGUUUCAUUGCCGUGAUUGCCAUGGCAAUCAGGGAUAUCCAAACUGGAAUGACCUCGAGAAUAGCUUUCACCCGCUAGUCAUAUAUAUUACUGAAUGCGUACUGAACAAAUUUAAGGGUAAGGAACACUAAUAUUGUAGCAGGUUAAUUCCUUAUUUUUAUAUCAUCACUAAUAUACUAUUCAGCUUGCAUAUAUAUUUAUAUUUCUCUGUUAUUUUUUGUCUUUAAUUCUAGUCAACAUGUCAUUUAUUUAUAGAUUUAUUUUAUAGAAAGCACUGAAAGGUAAAUGUUCAGAAGCUAUUUACUGUACACACACUCAGUUAUGGCAUCUGUGAUGCUAAUUUCUGUCUAGAGUACAUAAUACCCUUAUUUAUAUACAGUACAAAGUUCCUUCACUGCCUGUCUAAUAUAAGCAUACAUUUAAACUACUGUGAUUGCCUCAAAGCACUCAAAUUGUAUUACAGUACUAGGAGUGGAGACGAGAAAGAUAUCUCAUAAUACACACUUUGAAAAUACUGGUAGAUCAAGUUUCAAACCUGCACAAUCAAAUUAUAACAAAGUACUGGAAUAAUAUGUGGCAGGACGUGUACAAUGAAUCCAGUGAAAAUUAGGGAUGCCAUAAGAGAACAUUGACGCCGUAAGAGAACACUGUAUGAAUAUCAGAGGUUCACUACUCUUCAGCUGAACUUUCUACCCGCAAAUACUGUACUAUAAGAAAUAUAGCUGGAACAAAGAUAGAGGCUUUCAAGGAAGAAACUGAUAAGUUUCUGCUCGAGUUACCAAAUUUGUCUGGCUGUGAUGGCUAUAUAAACUUACAAACAGCCUUGUAGAUCAGUAUGCUCAGACUGUGUAGUAGAAAAACUCCAAAGUGUCAACAAGUAAUCGGCAUAAACCAAUACAGCAACUUUAAAUUCAUCAUGUAUAUUGCACGAUCUUUGAAAAUGAAGAUUCAGUGGUACAGGUAUUUGGUUAAGCACUUAUACACCAAGGUUUGAAGUGCAUGCAUAAGUUUCUACAGUGCAUUGUUUAGCACAGUUUUUAGACAAUAUGUGGGUCUACCAUAUUUUUGGCAGUGUGUUGGGUUUCCACACACAUACCACAUUUAUGCAUUUUAUAAACUUUUGUAUUAUAUUCUUGCAUCACUGCACAUUCCAAGCAUUUUGGACUUUUUUUUAGAGUUGUAUUUGUGGCUGGAAAAUACCUGGGGAAGCAUUAAAUAUUGAUGUUCAAA